AUGAUACUGCUGUAUGAGCUGCAAAAGCGGCUGGCCAACCUGCGGCCCACCGCCACUGUGGUGACCACGACCACCGGCAACCGCUUCAUCGAGCGGCGGAGCAGCCAGGAGGGCGCAGCCUCGAGUCCGCAGCAGCAGUUGGAGCCGCGCCAAUACGGCUUUGUGGUGGACACCAAACCCGACGCUGUGCCCGCCUGCAUUCUGAGCGACUUUCUGUACCUGGGCUCCCAGGAUGCAGUCAGCGCCGAGAACGUUGUGAAGUUCAAGCUGACGCACAUUCUGAGCGUCGGCAUAGAGACGCCGGAGGUGGAGUGGCCGACGCCAGUGAAAUGUAAGUACUUGCCCUGCUUGGAUCUGCCGGAAACCGACCUGCUGCACUACGUCCUGCCCGUCUCGCUUGACUUUAUCGACGAGGCGCGCCAAUCGCAGGGCUGUGUGCUCGUCCACUGCAACGCGGGCGUCUCGAGAUCCGCCUCCGUGGUCAUCGGAUAUCUAAUGCAGCGACGGGACAUGUGCUACGAGGAUGCCUACAAUCUGGUCAAGUCCUGGAGGCCGUGCAUUCAGCCCAAUGCGGGAUUCAUGCAGCAGUUGAAGAGGUCCGCUAGAACAUAGGUGUACCCAUGCAGUUUGUGUAUAGAAAACAUAAUAAAAACAAAAGCUGUGGGGCUACUGAUUGGCAUAUUACGACAUCUAGCCUCGGCUCCAGCUGGAUCGCUGGAUC